AUGCCUCUAGAUUAUAGAAGAUUUAAUGGACCAGAAGAUAGUAUCCCUUAUAAACAUUUCACUAAAGAGUUUUUUAAUAGUUAUGAAAACUUAUUUAAAGACUUAAUUGAUGAAAAUGGUUUACGAAAAGAUGGGCGCGCAUUGGAUGAGGCACGAACGAUGUGUAUGUUUUUUGCCCGAACAGACAUGAUAUCACAAGCAAAAGGAUCGUCGUAUUUAGAAUUAAAAAAAACUAAAGUUGUAUGUUCGGUUUUUGACCCCAGAGAGAUUAUGCAUCAAAAUGAAUUUAGUACACUUGGUCAAUUAUUUUGCGAAGUUAAAUUCGCGCCAUUUUCAUGUCCAAGACAGCGCCGGCCUCAUGCCCCAGACUCGGAAGAGAAAGCAUUGUCAGUUGCUCUCAGAAAAGCUCUAGAACCAACAGUGUGCAGACACUUAUUUCCUAAUUAUCAAAUAGACAUAUUUGUUUAUAUCUUAGAACAUGAUGGAUCGUGUUUGGCAGCUGCAAUAAAUGCAGCUGGUUUAGCCUUGGCAGAUGCUGCAGUUCCAAUGUAUGAUAUCAUUACGGCAUGUUCUCUAGCUAUAAUUGAGGACAAAGUAUUUGUUGAUCCCACUGAAGCUGAAGAACACUUAGCUACAAUGGAUCCAACAACAGAAGGAAAAAACAAUGGGGUUAUAACCAUUGCUAUGCUGCCAGAAUUAAAACAAAUUUCAGAUUACCGUCAAAUAGGUUCUAUGGAUGUAAACUGUGUAAUGAAAUCAAUAGAAAUACUACAAAAAGAAUGUUUAAAACUUCUCCCUAACAUACAACAAAUAUUGGUAUUAAAUGUUGUAAAAUGUUUUGAACAACAAAAACAAUUAGAUAAGGAAGCUAGAGAAAGAGAAGUGGCACUAAAUGCCAAAAUGGAGGAAUGGAAAGCUUUAUUAAAUGGUGGA